CCCCGUUCUCAGUGAGCGAAACAAACAUGGCGGUAGACUCGAGUGGACCAGGGUUUAGGCUAAAUUUAUUCUUAUUUACCUGCGCUUUUCUGGGGACCCGGACUGAGGUGGCGGGCCAGGACACGAGAAGCCCCCCGCGGAUACUCGGCAUGCGCCUGGAGAGGAGCGACACCCCGGCGGGCACCACGGAAAAAGGGGUGAUCCAGGUGACCGAGGGCAGUGACAUCCUCUGCAGGUUCUACGGGCUGCACUUGCUCCCCAACAGCUCGGGUCUAAUCAGGUUUACGGAACUUUACUCCAGCGACAAAGAGGAUGACGAUCUGGGGGCGAUAGACAUGCAGUUCAAUAGGACUUGUCCGGAGCCUACUAUAGACGUGAUUGUGCGUAAAGGCAUGAAUGUUUCCAAUCAUAACACUGCCGGAGUGGUCAGUGUCCGGGUCAAACAACUUCGUAAGAGCGAGGUGGUAAAAGUUUUCGGAUUGUGCGUACGGGACAGCUUGGAAGAUGACAAGUGGCGGCUUUUGGAUGAAAAUGAUGGAAGACUGCGCGUGGUGGAGGAGAAAAAGUCACUACUUCCCAUGUGGGUACAGGUUAUACUGAUCUCCUGCCUCUUGGUUCUGUCUGGGUUGUUCAGUGGUCUUAACCUUGGACUGAUGGCGUUGGACCCCAUGGAACUUCGCAUAGUGCAAAGUUGUGGUACAGAGAAGGAGAAGAAAUACGCACGCAAAAUUGAGCCAAUUCGUAGGAAGGGUAACUACUUACUGUGUUCCCUUCUUCUCGGAAAUGUCCUGGUCAACACUACUCUCACUAUACUUCUUGACGACCUUAUUGGCUCAGGUUUAGGGGCAGUGGUCGCAUCUACUGUUGGGAUUGUCAUCUUUGGAGAAAUUGUCCCCCAAGCUCUGUGCUCCCGUCAUGGUUUAGCUGUAGGUGCCAACACUAUCCUCCUCACCAAGUUUUUCAUGCUAUUGACUUUCCCGCUGUCAUGGCCUAUAAGUAAGCUUUUAGACUGCGUUUUGGGGCAAGAAAUUGGCACGGUUUACAAUAGAGAGAAGUUGGUGGAGAUGCUCAAAGUGACAGAGCCCUAUAAUGAUCUAGUAAAAGAGGAACUAAACAUGAUCCAAGGAGCUUUAGAACUAAGGACCAAAACUGUAGAGGAUGUGAUGACUCCUCUUAGUAACUGUUUUAUGAUUCAUAGUGGGGCCGUUUUAGACUUUAACACCAUGUCGGAAAUUAUGGAAAGUGGAUACACGAGGAUACCUGUCUACGAAGAUGAACGAUCAAAUAUAGUGGACAUCUUGCUUGUCAAAGAUUUGGCCUUCGUCGAUCCGGAUGAUGGUACCACUCUCAAGACCAUCACCAAGUUCUACAACCACCCGGUGCAUUUUGUGUUCCACGAUACGAAGCUGGACUCCAUGUUGGAGGAAUUCAAGAAAGGAAAGUCCCAUCUGGCCAUUGUCCAAAAAGUCAACAAUGAAGGAGAAGGAGACCCUUUCUAUGAAGUUUUGGGACUGGUCACCCUUGAAGAUGUUAUAGAGGAAAUCAUCAAAUCAGAGAUCCUUGAUGAAUCAGACAUGUACACUGAUAACCGUACCAGGAAAAAGGUGGCCCCAAAUAAAAACAAGAGGGACUUUUCUGCUUUUAAACAUGAGAGUGAAUCUAAAGUGAAGAUUUCUUCUCAGCUCCUCCUCGCUGCCCAUCGCUUCCUAGCAACAGAGGUCAGCUUGUUCAGCCCAUCUCAGAUCUCGGACAAAGUGUUACUGAGGAUUCUGCGACAUCCGGACGUCAUCCAGGAAAUAAAGUAUAAUGACAAUGAUAAACGUUCACUCCAUCACUACGUUUACCAGAGGGGCAAAGCUGUCGACUACUUUGUGCUCAUCCUACAGGGUCGCGUGGAGGUGGAGGCAGGCAAUGAGAACAUGAAGUUUGAGAGUGGACCUUUCUCAUACUAUGGUGUCAUGGCCCUCAGCGCUCCUGCUCUGGAGUUUCGUUCCCCCUCUCACAUAAGUGGCCUCAACCGCACAGCAUCUCUGAGCGGAGCUGACCGGACCGAGUCUCUGUCCAUCAGCGGCAGUAACAGUCAACUCAACAACAGCCUCCCCGUGCAGCAGUACAUCCCCGACUUCAACGUGCGCGCCCUCACAGACCUGCAGUUUGUCAAGGUCACCAGGGCCCAGUACCAGAACGGCCUGAUGGCAUCCCGCUUGGACAGCACCCCCCAGUCUCCAGAGAGCACCCAUCACACUCCGAGCCUGGACCCUACCGUACCCCUUAGUCCCCCCAACACCACCACCCCUCCACCCUCUACCCCCCUGGCCAUCUCAGAUCUGAACGGGCAGGACUCAAACACGCUAGAAAAUGGACCGGACGAGACCACGUUACUCCUUCAAAAUGAAAUCCACGCCCCCAAUAGUGCCCCGAAUCACCACAGCGCUCUGGACAACAGUAUCUGACCCUCAGCCCGGCCCACUCAGACUGCACAUUUAGGCUGAGAGACACAGACUGUGCUCAAGAGUGGGAACAAGCAGAUCCAAAGACUGUGGACAUGCCAAAGGAAACACUGUAAGAAAGAACGGCAGCAGUUUAAAGUUAAAAUAGCUUGAAUUCUGAAUAUUAAUCUUGUAUUCAUAUUUUUUGAUAAAUAAGUUUAAUUUUGUUUAUUGCUCUAGAGUUUUUCACAAACUUUUAAGAUAUUUUGACUGGUAUUUUUGGAUAACCCAAUGUUUACUUUUUACAUUAUGAACUAAAUGAAUUCUCUUUCCAGGGACAGAUAUUUUUUUCUUUAAAAUAUAGAAAAAAAAUAAUCAAAUGUCUCAAAACAAAUAUAAAAACGCAAAAUGAUUUCAAGAAACGGCUAAUAGUCAAAAUGAUUGUUAUUUUACCAGAUUCGCACUGAGAAAUUAUAAUUACACUGAUAAUUACAUUACAAUUGCAGUUUCGUUUUACAGUGUGGUUCCCUGUUCUUUUGGGCUGUUGACUUGACAUAUUUGGGUAUUACUAAUAGACAAACCAAAUAGAUCUAAACCAGUCAAAAUGACUCAGUGUAAUAUUCUGAAUUCAAGUAAUUUUAACUCUGUACAUGUUGCGUUUUUGCAGUGAACAGACACUAUACUCCAGUUGUUUUGUAAGCCUGUGCACCUUCAUGUAAUUGGACCUCUGCUACCUUUCUUUCUGUCCUUAUUGAAAGACUCAGGGAGACCCCACAACCCCUUUUUGUCCCUCCCCAGCUACUGUACGCCCCCGAACCCCAAAACAACUCUGCAGCAUGUGUAGCACUGUGCAGUCUUCUCUCCACUUGUCUCACCAGCUAGAAGGCAAAGAGCGUCUUACACCAAGAAACACAGCUCGUAUCUUCCGUAAAAAGCUUAUAAUGAAGAACUGAUAUUUAUUGAACUAUAUGUGUGUUUGGGUUUAAUAUGUAGCCUACUGUACAUCUUUGCCUUUUGCUCGUGGUUUGAGAAGUGAUCACCUCUUGUUGGCUUUCAGAUUUUAGAUUUUUAUUUUUUAUUUUUUUGAUCAUUUGGAUCAAGAUCUAGAAUUUUAUUGAUUUGUAUCUUAUACUUUUAGCAUAAUUGACAAGUGAGAUGAGUGAGAUGGAGAGAUUUAACCAUAAAGACUGGGGUCAUAGUUUGCAAAUCAAAAGCUUUGGCGGAAAUCAGCCAUGUUUGUUAUCAGCAAAAUGUCCAUAGAGAUGCAUUAGCGUAAACAGUAUAAAAAGUAAACAAAAAGAGAUCUGAAGUAAUCCCAAUAACUUCCAAGUCACUGCUAUCAAAUAUAUGUAUUGCUUUGUAGUGCCUGUUGACAGAAAUUUGAGGGCCUGGGGCAACAAGCCUUACAUGGACCCCCUCUUAUAUAAAUAGGAAGAGCGGUGUAGUGGGGAUUUUUUAAGUGGGGGUACGUGAUUCCUGACUGAACCAGGAGGACUAAACCAGUUCUAAACCAGGUCUAAACCAGAACUACACCAGGUCUAAAACAGAAAGUUGCCCUUACUGAAAAUUGUAAAAGUGGGCAAGGUACAAACCAUAAAUUUUUGCCCUGACGAAGACCAUCUUGCUGGUCAAAACGCGUUGGUGUCCCUUCAUGCAAUGAAGGACUUUUAAUAUAUUCAGUCAGUGUGCCUCGGGUUUGUACCUUGCCCACUUUUACAAUUUUCAGUAAGGGCAACUCAACUUUCUGUUUAAGACUACUAGUUUAACCCUCGUAGAGCACCUGUACUGCUAUUUUUUAACUCUUUUAUGACUCAGUGAAGCGCUCUGCCUCUUUUCUUUAUCUACACCAAGUCUAAAUCAGGACUAAACCAGGACGAACCUUGGACUUGAGAGAGAGAUAGAGAACCCUGAGCCCGCGGAGCAGAGUGUCUGCAAAGCGCGCUUGGGCGAUGGCUGAGCUUAGCUUCGUGAGCUCUGCACCGGUCCUUUCACCUGCGGUCACACGACGGUCUACGCAAGCACACCUCCGGACCUGUCCCGACACUCAGUCCCGGUUUAUUUCUGGUUUUGACCUGUUUUAGUCCUGGUUUAGUCCUGGUUCAGUCCUGGUUCAGUCUUGGUCCCCUCGUGUGGCAGGUCACUAUAAGACAGUACUGCAGAUAUGAGCCUGUGCAGGUUGUUUUUAUAAUUUUUUUAUAUCUCACAUCGGGAGAAGUGGGUGGACGGCGUACCCCCACGUACUAUGCCCACUACACCCCUGAAUAAGAGGAACGAAUAGGAGGAAGGAAUAGGAAAUAGGAAGAGGCCCCAAUUCUGAGCCCCUUAGUCCCUUAGUCCCAUACUGGGCUUCACAUAAUUGUUCAUUUAAGAGAAAACAAUUUAAAAAUCACACAAUAACACAAAAGGAAAACUGUCUUAUGCUGAAUAGUGGUCAUUGCAAAUUAAAAUAUCUGUUACUUUAAAGCUAAAUGGGUUUUUUUGGAGAGAGUAACAACAAUAUAAUUCCAGCCUAUUGAUUACAUUGUUUUGUUAUAAGAUUUCUUUUAAUCUACAAAUUUUAAAGCUGAUUAUUUGUUUUAGCGACUAAGGUAUUGAUCUUACUAUAUUACAAAAAGAACUGCAUAUGUAAAUUUAGCUGUCUGGCCCCAUCUUUAUGAAAUAUUAUUGUUGUUUUUUUUAUAUUGUAUCAUCUGAAAACCAGUAAUAGGUAUCUCUAAACUGUUUCUUGACAAUCAGUAUGAAAGUAUGUGUCACUGGGUACGUUGUCAUUUAUUUUGUUUAUUUUAUUUUUAGUUUCUUUGACUUAAUUGUCUCCUUUCAUUCUUGUAGCAGCUGAUGUAAAACAGUUGCGGUUCUGUGCCUGUAUAUAAGUGUCUGAACUAAAGUGCGCAUGUGACCAAAAUACCAUCACUUAAAGGUUCACUGUGUAACUUUUCUGUUUGUUGGCAGCACCUCCUGCAUGUCUCCAUGGAGAUGUUAUUGCUAUGCCUGGAAUGUUCCACACUUUGACAUUAAACUUAUCAUCCUCAAGCAGGCGCUGAAACCAAGUUAUAGGUCAGAUCUGUGGAAAGGGUGACCUGCCUUACUGUAAGCAUACAUGUUUUUCACUGUAUUUUUGAGCGAUAAAAAGGUCUUUAUUUGAAUAAAUGCAAAAUAUAUGAAGUUAAGAUGAGAUGAGAAGUUUAAUGACCUACUGUGGAACAUUUCGGUACAAUAACAUUUCCGUGGAAACAAGCGGGUGACGGACUACCUAUCAGAAAAUUUACAUGUUGUACCUUUACGUUGCUGGAAACACAACCAAAAGAGGGAAUCAUGUUCACCUCAUGACUAGAAAAUACAAGAGAUUUUAUUUAUUGUAUCCUUCAAUGCAAGUGUGUACAUAAAGAUUAUGUAUUUGUGAAAUGUCGGAUGAAAUUCAUGAAUUUUCUUGCUAUUUGAUUUUACAAUGUGUUUCUUUUAUAUGUUUUUAAUUGGUUUGGUGGGAUUGGGUUCACACUGGUAUAUUUGUAAAUUAUUGUUUGUUUUUCCCCAAAGCCAAUCCAUGAAUAAGGAACAUUACACUCCGUUUUUUACUGUACCUGUACACACCUGUCAUUUUAAAUUAAAGGUAUAGACUGCAAAUACUCUGA